AUGUCUCGAUCAGUCCAUGUAUCGCCAGGAAUAUCACACAGUCUGGUUACCUUUGACAUUGAAGGGUGUAUGGUGUUUAACAGCGCCAGUGCUUCUAUGUUUUUGGAGAACUGCACGCUCUUGCGCAGAUUGAACCUGUUGGGCAUGAUGGCGAGGACAAUCGGGCUCUUCAAGGGGAGUAAACCGUGGCCAUGCGCCAAUGUGCUCGAGAACCUGUGUAUGGGUAUCCAACCGCUCGAGUAUCAACCUCUGCAGUAUGGAAGGCCCCGACAUCCGCUCAGGUUGUCCACAUUCGGGGAAAUGCAGCCAAUUUGGGGACGGCUGUGUUCGUUCAAAUCCCUAGUUGGUCUAAAACUCCGGGGCGAAGCAUUAACGCUUGAUAUGAUCCAGGACUUUAAGUUUGCGCCAAACCUUCGGGGAGUGGACCUAGAUUCCCUAAUAGCCACGGACAUCAGCGAUAUACUUCGAGAGGCGGCUCCCAUGUACGGCCAAGCCCUGUUCCCGAACUGGAUUGUGUCGUCUGAUGUCACUUACUCCUCCUGGCGUCGAGCCGUCGCGGUUACAGCUCAUCUGGAUAAAAUGAGUCAUAUGUUCCGAUGGCAAAAACGAGCCCUAGAUUGA